AGCGAGAGGCUGCGAGCCAACCGCUUGCCGGCCCUGCCAGCCUCCUCCGCCGCCUGCCCUCCCCUCACGCCCGGCGGGGCAGCACCGGCGCCGCGACCCCAUCCAUCCCCUACACCCGCACCAGCACCGCCGCCCCCGGGACACCCCUCUCGUCUCCCCGCCGGUCACCGUGGAGUUCACUGCCUGCCGCUCAACUUUCGCACACGGCGAAGAAAUAUGGGAUGUAUAAAAUCAAAAAGGAAAGAGAAUCUUCAUGGAGAUGGGCUAGAUUUGAAGAAUCAACCAGUACGUAAAACUGAACGAACUAUUUAUGUGAGGGAUCCAACGUCCAAUAAACAGCAAAGGCCAGUAAAUCCAGAAGCACAGCUCUUACCAGGACAGAGGUUUGUCAAGGAAGAAACAGAGGACCAUGGAGUCAUUGUGGUAGCUUUAUACCCUUAUGAUGGCAUUCAUGAAGAUGAUUUGUCCUUCAAAAAAGGAGAAAAAUUGAAAGUUAUUGAGGAGGUGGGAGAAUGGUGGAGAGCAAAAUCUCUUACAUCCAGGAAGGAAGGCUUCAUUCCCAGCAACUACGUAGCAAAAGUAGACACCCUGGAAACAGAAGAAUGGUUCUUCAAAGACAUAACCCGAAAAGAUGCUGAAAGACAACUCCUGGCUCCCGGAAAUAGUCCUGGAGCUUUCCUUAUCAGAGAAAGUGAAACCUUAAAAGGCAGCUAUUCUCUCUCCAUAAGAGACUAUGAUCCACAGCAUGGUGAUGUUAUUAAGCACUACAAAAUUAGGAGUCUAGACAAUGGAGGAUUUUAUAUCUCCCCAAGAAUAACUUUUCCCAACAUCAAUGAUAUGAUCAAGCAUUAUCAAAAGCAAUCAGAUGGCUUAUGCAGAAAGCUGGAAAAACCUUGUAUUACUCCCAAGCCUCAAAAACCAUGGGAUAAAGAUGCGUGGGAAAUUCCACGGGAAUCAAUUAAAUUAGUGAAGAAACUUGGAGCUGGUCAGUUUGGAGAAGUCUGGAUGGGUUACUACCACAACAGUACAAAAGUGGCUGUGAAGACUCUGAAGCCUGGAACGAUGUCUGUGCAAGCCUUCCUGGAGGAAGCCAACCUCAUGAAAACACUUCAGCAUGAUAAGCUUGUUAGGCUUUAUGCUGUAGUGACCAAAGAAGAACCUAUUUAUAUUAUAACAGAAUUCAUGGCUAAAGGAAGUUUGCUGGAUUUUCUGAAGAGUGAUGAAGGAAGUAAAUUGUUGCUUCCAAAGCUCAUUGACUUCUCUGCUCAGAUUGCUGAAGGGAUGGCAUACAUAGAAAGAAAAAAUUACAUCCAUCGGGAUUUGAGAGCAGCAAAUGUUCUGGUUUCGGACUUACUGAUGUGCAAAAUUGCUGAUUUUGGACUUGCAAGAGUCAUCGAAGACAAUGAAUAUACUGCCAGGGAAGGUGCAAAAUUCCCUAUUAAAUGGACAGCACCAGAGGCGAUUAACUAUGGAUCUUUCACUAUUAAAUCUGAUGUGUGGUCGUUUGGGAUUCUCCUGUAUGAAAUUGUUACAUAUGGAAAGAUUCCUUAUCCAGGUAUGAGCAAUUCAGAUGUGAUGGUUGCUCUUCAGCGCGGGUACCGAAUGCCACGCAUGGAAACCUGUCCAGUGGAGCUUUAUGAUAUCAUGAAAACCUGCUGGAAAGACAAAGCAGAAGAGAGGCCAACAUUUGACUAUCUACAGAGUGUGCUUGAUGACUUCUACACAGCAACAGAAGGGCAAUAUCAACAACAGCCAUAGAAUAAAGAACAUUUUUUCUAUUGACAUGGAACGUUAGCACAGACUAUUAUUUGGACAGACUGCUCAAACCAAUUGCUUCUCAAGUUUGGAAGUCUUAAUUGCGUGUGGAAGCUGAAAUGCUGAAGAACAAAGUAGUUCUACAGAGAAAUGAUAAUGGUCUUAUUUGGUUAAAACAGUUCCUCUAAAGACUGAAGUUCUCCUUAAAUGCUCUAUGUUUUGCAUCUGCAGAAACAUCCCAAAACAAGCAGGCUUUAUGGGGUGGGAGGGAGAAGGGAGGAAAUCAAUCUGCACACGUACAGUUUGACAAUGCCUUCUUAGGAUCUAAGUCAUAGAAUACUUAGAAAGAGACCUCUAUAAAUGGGGUGAGAAGAUGUAUGAACAGCUAUUUUCUAAUGAAAAAGUCAUGAAGGAGAACUUACACAUUUAAGACACAGUGAUGGUCUUAAAUCAUCUUUCUUGAAAUACAGCAUAUUGUGAACAUUAUUUUUAUAAACUUAUUUCACAUUAGCAGAUGGAGUACGGUCACCUCUUGUAAGACUUUCAAAAUGGUGUCAUGGUUUCUUUUAAGGAAGGAUUAUGUAUGUAAUUAUUUACACUGCAGAUGAUUCUGUUUCACUGCUGCAUUACUCAUAUUAAAUUAAAAAUCAUUUCCAAAGCAUCUCAUAGCCAUCACAGAUGCAGAAGUGCAAUAUGAACACACAUGAAGACAGAAAACAGCAGCAUACCAAACUGUAUUCAACCUUUGCCUUCCCACAAGGCCAAAGUCAUCACCUGAAGAAAAGGAUUUUGAAGGAAGGUAAUACUUCCAUUGCAGUCACUGAGACUCAUACCAGUGAAAACAUUUUAAAUCUUAAUUUUUAAUCCUCUGUGAUAAUUCAAGAAUACUCCUUAUAUUUUUGCUGCUUUAAUCAACUAACCUCAAAUCUGUUUUAAAGCAAAGACUAGCCCUAGCACUAUCAAAACACAUUUGUGGAAAUAUGCAGUAGGAUAUCAAGUUACAUUGCAGUGACACUAUAGGUUUGUUGCUCAGUAUACAAAUUGAAUUCAUAAAAGAAUGCAGUUUGCUAAGCUCUCCCUAUUUGAAAGUUUUACCAAGUAACUUAUCAAAACAGCUGAGAGGUAGUGGAAUUGCAGUGUAACUACAGCAUAGAUUACUUUUUGGUUUUCUCCAAAGUGACUUUUUUUUUUUACAUCUGAAAUACCUUUUGCCACCGCUCAGCCAAUUAUUUAGGCAAUGGUACUUUGCAGAAGCUUAACACCCUUUAAUAAAGCUUCAGUGUGCCAGCAGUUGAAGUGCAGCAGCAUCAAUAUUCAUUGCUUUUCUUUUCCAUUGGCUUUCUUCAGUCAAACUGUGCAGUUUCAGCAGCCUAUCAGUUAAAUAUGUAAAUAGUUUCUAUUGUAUGGUGAUUUUUAAUUUUAAUAAACACUUAAUCUGAA